AUGAACAAUCUCUUCGUUCAAAAUCACCAAGCCUCCUCUGAUACAGGAGCCAUGUCUGCCGAUGGAAACCCACCCCCUCAGUGCGCAGAAGACGUCGUAGAAGACGACGGGAGCACCAUGACAUCCGACGGCGCAUGGGGUUGCUACACACCUACCACCACUGCCUCAUUCCCUCCGCUCUUCAUCAGCGCGAUCCCUUGGCCUGAGAUCUCAUAUAUGAUCCUUGAGAAGAAGUCCCGCAAAGCCAUGACGCUCACAUCCUCUGGCCUCCUCCUCCAAGAUCCCCCCACAGAGGGAGCCAACGCAUCGAACACCUGGCUAUGCGUCUCCAAAGACAACCAUACAGGUUUCUAUAACACCUCCGCUAAAGUCUAUCUUGGGCAUGACGGGAAAUGUAGUUCUCAAAGCGUCGAGCACGCGGUGGUGGGAAAGAUGGCGGAAUGGGAGUGUUUCAUCGCGAGACAGCAUCCUAAGGGAGGCUAUCUGUUGUUGUCGCCGUUUUGGUCUGAGUUGUGGAUUGUGGGGGUAGGAGAGGAGGGAAAGAUCAUGAGGGGCAGACAUGAGAAUACGGUUUGGGAUUUCGAGGAGGUCUGA